AUGAUCGCCAAUUCUCCGCCCUCGGCGUAUAAACCGGGCACUGCCUUGACCGUUGGAUCGCACAAGGUGAUCAUACAGAAUCCCGCUUGGAAAGAUCACAAGAUAGCAUGUUUGAAAAGAGUGGCUGUCCCCGAUAAGCCAACAUUGAACGUUCUACGACAAGAAGUGGACGCCAUGAGACGUCUUCAGGGCAAAAGUUGCAUUGUUUCCUACAUCGACUCCCAUGCCGCUAGAAUGAGCAAUGGUUCAGGAUACGAGGUUUUCUUGUUGAUGGAGUACUGCUCGGGCAAUGGAUUGAUCGAUUUCAUGAACUCCAGAUUGGUCAACAAGCUCAAAGAACCAGAGAUUCUCCAGAUCAUGGGAGAAAUCACCGAAGGAGUUGCAAACAUGCACGCUUUGAAGCCACCGUUGAUCCACAAAGAUAUCAAGAUCGAGAACGUUUUGUUGUCCGGAGAUAGACACUACAAGUUGUGCGAUUUCGGGUCAGCGUCUCCCCCGCUGCGUCCACCGCGGAACGUGGAAGAGUUUGAGGUCCUUCAAAAUGAUAUCAUGAAACAUACUACUCCCCAGUAUCGGUGUCCAGAAAUGAUAGACUUGUACAAAGGACAGCCGAUCGACGAGAAGUCCGAUAUUUGGGCUCUCGGGGUGUUUUUGUACAAACUGUGCUACUACACCACACCUUUUGAAAAUAAUGCCAUCAACGGCAACGGGAACGGCGGAGGCGGCGAGUACGCCAUUCUCAACGGAACGUUCUCGUUCCCAAGGUCGCCGGUUUACAGUUCGCGGUUGAAGAACGUGAUAUCCAAGUGUCUGGAGGUGGAUCCGAAGAAAAGACCUACUGUUUUCCAGCUUUUAGAGGAGAUCUGCAAAAUGAGAGGUGUUCCAUACCCUGAUCUGCAGACAAAGCCUACGUCUGCCGACCAGUUCAACACCCCAUAUCCUUCCCAGGCUCCAAGCAUGCCCCGUCGUCCGGUUUCUGUGCACGAACAGCCUGUUCCUGCUCGCAGAGAAAGAACCAUGGGAGACAUCCCGUCGAAGUACGCUCCCAAAGACACCCCGUUGCACAAGUCGGUUUCUGAAAAGUAUAUGUCUGGACAGAACCACAACCAGGACUACAUCAGCUCGUACGAUCCGUUUGCCAAUAUCGACCGGUCCAAGCUUUUGGGACAGCCGAAUAAUAAAUCUACUCCAGACAUCAAGAAACCGACCCUGCGGCCGUCUUCCAAGUCGCGGCCACUCAGCAUGUCUGCUGCGUCGUUCCAAAUGUACUCGCAGCCGUCUGGGUCGUUGUCGCACACUGAAAACAUCAUCAACGGAAUGACCAAAGAGGAAGUGGUUGAGCUUUCGCCAAACCACCAUAAUAAUAUCAACAGCUCUGUUGAUUUCAUCAAGAACACGGCUCCACAAAGAACGGGAGACAGCAUCAAGUCGCGGUUUGCGAGCCUGAAGUCGUCCAACACCGGCCACCACAAGAGAUCGAGCAUCUCGUCAAUCAAAGACCUGUUGACGGGCGGCCGGUCCAGAGAGUCAAGCAGAAACCCGUCCUAUUCGUCGAGCAAGAGCAGAAACGCGUCCGGGUCGAACCAGAGCACCGACUCGCUGCACGAGUUCACCUCGAUUUACCGCGCAGUGUCGGACUCCAGCUCGUCAACGUCCGAGACUUUUAUUGAGGACGAGCAGCGCACGCCGCAGGCAGACAAGCCUGCUGUGCCGGAGCACCGGCCUCCCAAGCGCUCUAAUUCGAUCCAGCGCCGUGUGCACAUGCUGUUAAACCGCAAGCAGUCUCCACCGCCAUCGAAGACGGCCCAGGGCUACGGCAAGUACACCGACACGGACUCGAUGCCUCCGCCGUCCAAGAACAAGAUCAGCAAGAUCCCUAUCAACAUCAUCCCCACCACGCCUAGCAAACACCAGACCCCGUCGCCGCCGCCGUUCGGCACGCCGAGCUCCACGGCCACGUCGCCGUACUCGACGAACUCUGCGCAGUCGGGCUCGUCCUCGUUCCGGGACCACGGCGAGCGGCUCAACUACAACGACGCGGUGCUGAGCCGGUUCAACAGCGCAGACUCGUCCACGCCGUCGACCCCGUUGCGUGAGCAGAUCAGGGCCAAGGGCAAGCCUAAAGCUCCACCGCCACGGCCCAAGAAACCACAGCACCUCAGCUCCAACAAGUCGACCCCAAAACGGGCCUCGGGCAACGGAAGAGCCAGCAUGAGUGACGACGACGUUGAUGCUCUAGAAAGACGGUUCUACGAAAAAUUCCCCAGUGCAUUAUAG